AUUGGCCAAAAGUUUGUAGAGGGCGGGCCUCGCUCACUCUCAUUGGUCAGUUGCUCGCUGUGGUCCCAUCCCACAUGCUUCCAUUGCUUGAUUCAUCGAAAAGGGAAGGGACUCUGGGCAGCGGUUGUGGAGUGCCGCGGGUCCACAGUGCUGCACUGAGCAGAGAGGAAGGGGCGUCCCGGGAUAUUUGGAGGUUAAAGGUGUGGGCAAGGGUGAUGACCACACCUGCCGGCUCCGGCAGGGGCUUCGGCUCCGUGUCCUGGUGGGGCCUGUCCCCGGCGCUGGACCUGCAGGCUGAAAGUCCUCCUGUGGACCCAGACUCCCAGGCUGAUACAGUGCACAGCACCCCCGAGCUAGAUGUGCUGCUUCUGGGCUCUGUGGAUGGACGGCACCUGCUGCGGACCCUGUCCCGAGCGAAGCUCUGGCCUCGCAGGAGGUUCAACUUCUUUGUGCUGGAGAAUAAUCUGGAAGCUGUGGCCCGACACAUGCUGAUCUUCAGCCUAGCCCUGGAGGAACCGGAGAAGAUGGGGCUGCAAGAGCGGAGCGAGACCUUCCUGGAAGUGUGGGGGAACGCGCUGCUGCGCCCGCCAGUGGCCGCCUUCGUGCGUGCCCAGGCCGACCUGCUGGCGCACUUGGUCCCCGAGCCCGACCGCCUGGAGGAACAGCUGCCCUGGCUCAGCCUCCGCGCCCUCAAGUUCCGCGAGCGGGAUGCCCUGGAGGCCGUGUUCCGCUUCUGGGCUGGCGGCGAGAAAGGGCCCGAGGCCUUCCCCAUGAGCCGCCUCUGGGACUCGCGGCUGCGCCACUACCUGGGCUCCCGCUACGACGCCCGGCGCGGUGUCAGCGACUGGGACCUGCGCAUGAAGCUGCAUGACCGCGGGGCCCAAGUCAUUCACCCCCAGGAGUUCCGACGCUGGCGGGACACAGGCGUCGCCUUUGAACUCAGGGACUCCAGCGCCUAUCAUGUGCCCAACCGGACCCUGGCGUCCGGUCGCCUCCUGAGCUACCGUGGGGAGCGCGUGGCAGCGCGCGGGUACUGGGGGGACAUCGCCACGGGGCCCUUUGUGGCCUUCGGCAUCGAAGCGGACGACGAGAGCCUCCUGCGGACCAGCAACGGCCAGCCAGUCAAGACGGCCGGGGAGAUCACUCAACACAACGUGACGGAGCUGCUCCGCGAGGUGGCCACCUGGGGGCGCGCGAGAGCCACCGGGGGGGACCCGGAGGAGCAGCAGCACGCGGAGGGAAGCCCGGAGCCAGGGACUCCAGCAGCCCCCACCCCGGAAUCUUUCACCGUCCACUUCCUGCCGCUCAAUUCUGCUCAGACUCUCCACCACAAGAGCUGCUACAACGGCCGAUUCCAGCUCCUCUAUGUGGCCUGUGGUAUGGUCCAUCUUCUCAUCCCUGAGCUUGGGGCCUGUGUGGCACCCGGAGGGAAAUUGAUUGUGGAAUUAGCCCGGUACCUGGUGGACGUGCGGCAGGAGCAGCUGCAGGGAUUCAACACCCGGGUCAGGGAGCUAGCUCAGGCAGCUGGAUUUGCUCCACAGACCGGGGCCAGGCCUUCAGAGACCUUCGCACGUUUCUGCAAGUCCCAGGAAUCACCUCUGGGCAACACUGUCCCAGCUGUGGAACCCGGAACUCCGCCCCUUGACAUCCUGGCCCAGCCUCUUGAAGCCAGCAGCCCAGCCCUUGAGGGCCUGACCCAGCCUCUGCAGGGGGGGACCCCACACUGUGAGCCCUGCCAGCUGCCCUGUGAGUCUCCAGGUUCACUCUCAGAGGUUCUGGCUCAGCCUCAGGGGGCCUUGGCUCCGCCCAACUGUGAGUCAGACUCCAAAACUGGAGUCUGACCCAACCCCUAGACACCCCUUAUCUCCAACUUCCAAAGUCAGGUUGUAGGAUGAGAACCCGCUGAUACCAUUCUAAGUCCGCUGCUAGAGUCCUCAAUUUUAUUCUAAUCAUUCCCACUCAGUACCCGCCACCCCCACCCCGGGAGUGUUGGUAGACUUUCAAAUUCCAUUUCUGAGAUUCUAUGGUCUAUUCCUAGAAUUCUAGAUUGUUCUCUCAGAAUUCCAAAUUCCACUUCUGAGGCUCUAAGCCCAGCCUAGGAUCUGACACUGAGUCUCAGGCCCUUGACUUUGGCCCCUUGUUCCCAGGCACCCUGUGGCUGACUGGGGGCUGGGGUGUCUCCUCACCAGGGCCUGGUCAGCACCCAGAUGGUUCAAGUAAAGCAAGUUGUGUCCACC